AUGAUCGCAGAACCAUCAGAAUCGACUGAAAGUGUAUUCACAGCUGUGCAAGAUCUCCAAAAAUGGGGGUACGAAGAGGACGAAUUUACAUACCCAGAUACCGCAAAGGAAUGGUUCUGCGACAUUCUGUGGCUCAUUGGACUAAAUGGGGAGUUUGAUGAGAAUGAAGGACCCAACUUUUGCGUCGGUCACCAACGCGAGGACCCGAAAGCGGUGGGUGGUCAAGGCUGUGCAGCAACGGAAGCGUUGUUUUGCCAAGUCAUCAACCCCUCGGAUGGAAUUAUAGUGGCGUAUGACAACUACACAGCCCGAGCCAUGAUUGAAGAGUGCGCACGAUGCUACUCAGUUAUCCCGAAAUUGAAACACUGGUCGGAUGUAGCGUAUCUCCAAUGGCUGUCAAAAGCCAACGAGAAGUCAAACCUACGUUACGUACUUCGACACAACGUCCUCAACGAUGUCACGCGCUUUGCCGUGACCUUUCUAAUGUUACAGGGCAGACUUGUUGCAAAAGAAUGGCCGGGGACAACAUACAGCACAGGCUCAGUGGAGUUUAAUGCAUUGUUAGGCUCACCGAAUGGUUCCGGUGUCGCUUACCUACUCAUACAGCAUAGGAAGGGACUAGGUCACAAGACUGUCGACAAGGUUACUAUAUUCAAGGAGAAGUGGGAUAUCAUGUUGCUGUUCCACAUCACAGAUGUUGGCGGUGACGAUGCCGAACGCGUGUGA